UUCUUCUUCCCGAAAGCCCCAAGCCCCCCGACAGCCUCCUCUUGAAAAACCCGUGAGAAGCUUGUGUUUUUCCCCUUGUUUUCUUGUCCAAAAACCAGAUUUGGGGCUUAGAAUCUUCCCUCUCAACCCAGAAAAUCCCGGUUCUGCUCUGCUCUUCUCCCCUGUCCGCCGGCUGCUAGUGGGUAUGGGUGAUUUCUGGGCAUUUUUCGGUAAGAACAACCCCUAAUUUCCUUUGUUCUUGCUUGAAUUGCCCUGGGUUUACUUUAAUUGCUCUUGUUCCUCCAAUUUUUGGGUAAACCCGUGAGUUCCCUGCAGGAUAUCUUCUUCCAUGCCGCCGGCUCUUCCCCAACCUGCAGUCCGGUUUUUGCUUGCAAAUUCUGGUUCUUGAUCGUCCUGUCAGUUUAGUACGUGAAUUGAGUGCUCGGUUUUAUGCAAGUGAGGUAAGUAAAUUUAUGGUAAUGCCCGUACUGUUUUAAAAGCAUGUUUUGAUUUGUUUUUGAAGUGGUGGCGGGACUAAACCUGUUUUACACAAGUAUGACUGAUUUGAAGUGAAAUGUUUUGUGUUUUUCAUGAAAUUGAGCAUGCCUACUUGAAAUUUAAGUGAUUGUCCUGAUGAUCUGAAAGUGAUUGUGAAUUGUGAUUUUCCUGUUAACUUCUGCCUGUUUUGUCUCCGAUGUGGUCAUGUUAUUUGUGACCCUGCUAGUGGGGGAGGUUAUAAACGCUAGCACAUGUUGACAUGUAGUGAAAGAGCCGGUUCGUUCAACCCAGCUAGUGGGGGUUAUACACCAGCAAAUCGUGGCCCUGCUAGUGGGGAUUAUACACUGGCCGUGACCUAUAGAGGAGACGUCUAUUUCGUUCCCGUACUUGUAUCCAUUUUUCGUGAUUGUACUUGUUGGCAUGCUUUAAGUUUGAUAAGGGGCACUCCAUAUUUACUUACUGAGUUUAUCUCAUAGUUUUCCUUGUCCACCAUUUCAGGAAGUGAAACCGAGGACAGGGAAACCACGGGAAGUGACGAGUUAGAAGGCUAGCCAUAUGGUAAUUGGAUAUGAAUUUUAGAAACAAAUCAUGAUCUUGUAUUUAGAGAUUUUAUUGGAGACUUAUGAUAUCAGAGUUUAUAAAAUUGAUCUUAGAUUUUGGUGGUAUCAGGGUGUGAUAUGAUAAGUUCCAAGCCUUGUGCACUUGUGGGACCCGUCUCACGAGUGUAUGGCGUCUGCCGCGCCUCGAAUUUGGGUUUUGGGGCGUGACAGGUUUAGUUUGUAGAGAUUACAUAAUUCUA